AUGAAACCAGCCUUUGACAAGAUUAUUGUCGUCGGAGCAGGACCGUCAGGACUUCUCCUGUCUCUGCUACUAAUCAGAGCUGGCAUCAAGGUGCAUCUUCUAGAUGCUGCUCCCACGCUAGACGAUCAGCCUCGUGCAGCACAUUAUGGACCUCCUGCGAUUCCCGACCUUCGACGAGCAGGUGUCCUUGACAAGAUCAAGUCUCAAGGAUUGACUCUCAACACGAUGUGCUGGCGAAAGCUUGACCAAACAUACAUCGCGGGCAUGGAUACUAGUGAAACUUUGUCGAACGACCCUGAGUAUGGCGACGUAAGAACUGUUAGCCUCGCUCUUCAAGAACUGGACGCCUUGAUGCUGGAGGAGUUCUUGAAGAAAGGCGGUCAAGUCAGCUGGGAACACCGCGUACUGGAGGUUCAGCAAGACGAAUUCAAAGCCUGGGUGAAGAUCCAAACGCCAUUGGAGAAGAAGAAGAUUAUUGAAGCAGAUUAUGUUGUGGGAUGCGAUGGCGCGAACAGCAUUGUCAGGAAGAGCCUGUUUGGAGAGGAGUUUCCAGGCUUUACCUGGAACCAGAAGCAAAUUGUUGCGACGAACACAUACUAUGAUUUCCGCAAGUUCGGCUAUCAUGAUGCGAACUUCAUUAUAGAUCGUGAUCACUUAUACAUGGCAGCCAUCAUCGACGACAAAGGCUUGUGGCGCGUCACAUACGGCGAAGAGCCUGGCCUAACACGAGAACAACUGCUAGAACGUCAGCCCAAGAAGUUUGAGACCAUCUUGCCUGGAAACCCAAAGCCUGGCGAUUAUGAGAUGGUCAACUUUUCGCCGUAUAGAAUGCAUCAGAGAGUGGCCGAGAGGUUCAGAGUCGGCAGAGUCAUGUUGGCAGCGGAUGCCGCGCAUCUUUGCAACCCAUUUGGUGGUCUUGGAAUUACUGGCGGCUUCGUGGAUGUUGGUUGUUUAUACGACUGUUUGUAUGGCAUCUGGACGCAUCAAGCCGACGACUCAAUUUUGGACCUGUAUUCGGAAGUGCGUCGACAAAAGUACAAGGAGAUUAUCGAUCCAAUCUCGACAGAAAAUUUCAAACGUGUUUUUGACCAAGAUCCGGAAGUUGCGGGCGAGAAGGACCACUUCCUAGUCUUGUGUAAGAAAGCAGCCGAAGACAAGGACUUUGCUCGGCAGAUGCACUUGGCAUCUUUCGGGAUCCGCCAUGAUUUUACACAGUACUAUCGUAUGAACAAAGGGAGGGAAUCUUUGAACAUUGACGCCAAGUCAGUUUUCAGCGUGGAGCAUAUUGAGGAGGUUGCACCAACAGGAGCGGACUGA